AUGGAACUUAACGCGCGUACGUCGAUCCUAGCCGCCGCCAAUCCCGCCGAGUCUCAAUGGAAUAAAAACAAAACUAUUGUUGAAAAUGUACAACUACCUCACACACUUAUGUCCAGAUUCGACUUAAUAUUCUUAGUAUUAGACCCACAAGACGAAAUUUUUGACAGAAGACUGGCAUCCCAUCUUGUAUCGCUGUACUAUAAGGACCCAACUGAAACUCUGGAAGAUGAGGAUGCUGUCAACAUGAGUCUAAUGCGCGACUACAUCGCCUUCGCGAAGGAACACGUGCAGCCGACGCUCAGCGAGCCCGCGCAACAGAGACUCAUCGACGCGUACGUGGACAUGAGACGAGUUGGUAGCGGGCGAGGGCAGAUAUCUGCAUAUCCGAGACAGCUGGAGUCGCUCAUACGGUUAGCGGAAGCGCACGCGAGGGUGCGGCUGUGUCCUGUAGUUGAAAUUAUAGACGUUGACGAGGCUGCUAGACUGCACCGCGAGGCACUGAAGCAGUCGGCCACGGACCCGGCGUCGGGGCGCAUCGACGUGGGCAUCCUCACGACGGGGCUCGGCGCGGCCGCGCGGCGCCGGCGCGCCGAGCUGGGCGCGGCGCUGCGCGCGCUGCUGGAGCCCGUGCGCCGCCCCGCCACGCUCACGCACGCGCGGCUGCUGCAGGACGUCAACGCCAACUCGCAGAUCACGGUGACACGAGACCAAUUAGAUGAAGCACUCCGAGAUUUACAGGAUGAAGGAAAAGUCGUAGUCGUCAGUCACACGCAUGUACGAAUUUGUUAAAAUACACGCAUUAAUCCAGUUGAGCUUAAAACUGCAGGUGGUAGGGCACCGCUCAUUCUCCAUCUAUAGUUCUAACAUCGCCAGUG